CAGAGAAAGAGUACAGAUCAAGGGGGUGUCAUUCCACUGACAGGGGCAACUGGGAGGCAUUUCCCCCUGUGCACAGCUGAAACAGGGAAGCACCCAGAUCAGCAGCACUGUCUCAGCUGCUCUGCCUGCCUUAACUUGGAACUUGCUACAGAAAGAGGCCAGCCCAGCCUCCUGACUUCUCGCGGACCCUCCUCUCAGCCCGAGCCAUAAAAUGAGCAGCGCCCACCCGAGGCUCACCCAGAGCGGAGCCGCGGCAGCCGGAGCAGUGCCCGGGGCAGACCCAGCAGACAUGCCGGCCACAGAGAAGGACCUGGCGGAGGACGCGCCGUGGAAGAAGAUCCAGCAGAACACGUUCACCCGCUGGUGUAACGAGCACCUGAAAUGCGUCAACAAGCGGAUCGCCAACCUGCAGGCGGACCUGAGCGACGGGCUGCGGCUCAUCGCGCUGCUGGAGGUGCUGAGCCAGAAGAAGAUGUACCGCAAGUACAACCAGAGACCCACCUUCCGGCAGAUGCAGCUGGAGAACGUGUCCGUGGCCCUGGAGUUCCUGGACCGGGAGAACAUCAAGCUGGUGUCCAUAGACAGCAAGGCCAUUGUUGAUGGAAACCUCAAACUCAUCCUGGGUCUUAUCUGGACCCUUAUUCUGCACUAUUCUAUCUCCAUGCCCAUGUGGGAUGAAGAAGAGGAUGAGGAGACUAAGAAGCAGACUCCAAAACAGAGGCUACUGGGAUGGAUCCAAAACAAGCUGCCUCAGUUGCCUGUCACCAACUUCAGCAGGGACUGGCAAAGUGGCCGUGCUCUGGGUGCCCUGGUGGACAGCUGUGCUCCUGGUCUCUGCCCAGACUGGGACUCCUGGGAUGCCAGCAAACCUGUGGACAACGCACGUGAAGCCAUGCAACAGGCUGAUGACUGGCUGGGAAUACCUCAGGUGAUCACCCCAGAGGAGAUUGUUGAUCCCAAUGUAGAUGAGCACUCUGUCAUGACCUACCUGUCUCAGUUCCCGAAAGCCAAGCUGAAACCUGGUGCUCCUCUAAGGCCCAAACUGAAUCCCAAGAAGGCCAGAGCUUAUGGCCCAGGUAUUGAACCAACUGGCAACAUGGUGAAGAAGCGUGCUGAGUUUACUGUGGAGACCAUCAGUGCUGGGAUGGGAGAAGUUCUUGUAUAUGUGGAAGAUCCAGCAGGGCACAGAGAAGAGGCCAAAGUUACCGCCAACAAUGACAAGAACAGGACAUUCUCUGUUUACUACAUCCCCAAAGUGACCGGGAUGCACAAGGUGACAGUCCUGUUUGCAGGCCAGCACAUUGCAAAGAGUCCAUUCGAGGUGAAUGUGGACAAAUCUCACGGGGAUGCCAGUAAAGUGACAGCCCAGGGCCCUGGCCUGGAGCCCAGCGGCAACAUUGCAAAUAAAACCACCUACUUUGAGAUCUUCACUGCAGGUGCUGGGGUUGGUGAGAUAGAAGUGAUUGUGCAGGAUCCUAAUGGCAAGAAAGAUACAUCUGAUGUUCAGUUGGAGGAUAAAGGCAGCAGCACUUAUCGCUGCACGUAUAGACCCACUAUGGAAGGAGUGUACACCAUCUAUAUAACGUUCGGAGGGGUGCCGAUCCCCAAGAGCCCUUACACUGUCACGAUUGGGCAAGCUUGCAACCCAACUGCAUGCCAUGCGGUGGGUCGUGGCUUGCAGCCAAAGGGGGUACGUGUGAAGGAAACCGCAGACUUCAAGGUCUAUACCAAAGGAGCAGGAAGUGGAGAACUGAAAGUUGUGGUCAAGGGACCAAAGGGUACUGAAGAACGUGUCAAGCAAAAAGACCUUGGGGAUGGUGUCUACUGGUUUGAAUACUAUCCAACAACUCCUGGCAACUACACAGUUACCAUCACAUGGGGUGGACAGAACAUUCCUAGAAGUCCUUUUGAGGUGAAGGUUGGCUCUGAAUGCGGGCCGCAGAAGGUGAGGGCAUGGGGACCUGGUCUAGAAGGAGGUGUUGUUGGAAAAUCGGCUGACUUUGUAGUAGAAGCUAUUGGCGAUGAUGUGGGUACUCUGGGUUUCUCUGUGGAAGGUCCUUCUCAGGCUAAGAUUGAAUGUGACGACAAAGGGGAUGGGUCCUGCGAUGUUCGCUACUGGCCACUAGAAGCUGGAGAGUAUGCUGUGCAUGUUCUCUGCAACAAUGAGGACAUUAAACUAAGCCCCUUCAUGGCUGAAAUAAAGGCUGCUCCCAAAGACUUCUUCCCCGAGAAGGUUAAGGCUUAUGGGCCUGGGUUGGAGAAAACUGGCCUCGCCAUUAACAAACCAGCUGAGUUUACGGUUGAUGCCAAGCUUGGAGGCAAGGCUCCACUCAAAGUGUCUGUACAGGACGCAGAGGGAAAUCCAGUAGAUGUGACAACCAAGGAUAAUGGCAAUGGAACCUACAGCUGCACUUACCAGCCAAAGAAGCCUGUAAAACACACUGCUAUUGUGUCAUGGGGAGGUGUGAACAUUCCAAACAGUCCCUUCAGGAUGAACAUUGGUGCUGGAAGCCACCCCAACAAGGUGAAGGUAUAUGGACCUGGUGUGGCAAAGACUGGCUUGAAAGCACACGAACCCACCUACUUCACAGUGGAUUGUACUGAAGCUGGACAAGGUGAUGUGAGCAUUGGCAUAAAGUGUGCCCCUGGUGUUGUGGGUGCAGCUGAAGCUGAUAUUGACUUUGACAUAAUUCGCAAUGAUAAUGACACGUUCACGGUGAAAUACACUCCCCCAGGAGCCGGAAGCUACACUAUCAUGGUUCUGUUUGCUGACCAGGCCACUCCAAUGAGUCCCAUCCGCAUCAAGGUUGACCCAUCACAUGAUGCUAGCAAGGUGAAGGCUGAUGGCCCAGGGCUAAACAGAAGUGGUGUGGAGAUUGGAAAGCCCACGCACUUCACUGUCAACACGAAGGCUGCUGGAAAAGCUAAACUGGACGUGCAGUUUACUGGUCCUGCUAAAGGGGAUGCUGUCAAAGACUUUGAUGUCAUUGACAACCAUGACAACUCUUACACUGUCAAGUACACGCCAGUGCAGCAGGGUAAUCUGGGUGUGAACGUGACCUAUGGUGGAGACCAUAUUCCAAAAAGUCCAUUUCCAGUCAAUAUUGCUCCAACUCUGGACCUUGGCAAAAUCAAGGUUUCUGGACUCGGAGACAAAGUGGAGGUUGGAAAGGAUCAGGAGUUCACUGUGAAAUCCAAAGGUGCUGGGGGUCAGGGCAAAGUGGCUUGUAAGAUCACUGGACCAUCCAACAAGUCUGUUCCUUGCAAAGUGGAGCCUGGGCUUAGUCCGGAUAAUAGCUCUGUCAAAUUCAUCCCUCGAGAAGAAGGCCCAUACGAAGUAGAGGUGACGUAUGAUGGUGUCCCUGUACCAGGCAGCCCAUUCCCUGUGGAAGGUGUACCACCUACCAACCCUUCAAAGGUCAAGGCUUUUGGGCCUGGUUUGAAAGGAGGCGCUGUUGGAGCUUCUGCUCCAUUCACCAUUGACACCAAGGGUGCUGGACCCGGAGGCCUUGGCUUGACUGUGGAAGGACCAUGCGAAGCUAAGAUUGAAUGUCUGGACAAUGGAGAUGGCACCUGCUCCGUGUCCUACCUACCCACAGAACCUGGAGACUACAAUAUAAAUAUCCUGUUUGCUGACACACACAUCCCUGGCUCUCCCUUCAAGGCUAAGAUUGAACCUUGCUUUGACCCCUCAAAGGUGACCUGUUCUGGCCCAGGCUUGGAACAUGGCCAGGUUGGUGAAGCAGGCACAUUUAAUGUUGACUGCUCCAAUGCUGGCAGUGCUGAGCUGACAAUUGAAAUCAUAUCAGACACCGGCAUGCAAGCAGAAGUGCAUAUCCAGGACAAUGGCGAUGGGACAUAUACGAUCACCUACAUCCCACUCUACCCAGGGAUCUAUACAAUAACCAUUAAAUAUGGUGGGCAGAUGGUUCCCAACUUCCCAAGUAAGCUGCAGGUUAAACCCGCAGUUGAUACUUCAGGUGUCAAGGUCUAUGGACCCGGAAUUGAAGGAAAAGGUGUAUUCAGAGAAGCCACUACAGAAUUCAAUGUGGACGCUCGUGCCUUGUCCAAAACCGGAGGCCCGCUUCUUAAGACCAGGGUAUCUAAUCCCUCUGGCAACAUCACAGAUGCCUUUGUUCAGGACAAUGGGGAUGGUACCUAUAAAGUAGAAUACACUCCAUAUGAGGAAGGGGUCCACACUGUUGAUGUGUCCUACGAUGGAAGCCCUGCACCCAAUAGUCCCUUUAGAGUUCCUGUGACUGAGGGCUGUGAUCCAAGUCGUGUCAGAGUUCAUGGUCCUGGAAUCCAAAGUGGAACCACCAACAAGCCCAACAAAUUCACUGUAGAAACCAGGGGGGCUGGGACUGGAGGGCUUGGAUUGGCUGUUGAGGGGCCAUCUGAGGCAAAGAUGUCCUGUACAGACAACAAGGAUGGUAGCUGCUCAGUAGAAUAUAUUCCUUAUGAGCCUGGUACUUACAGCCUAAACGUCACAUAUGGAGGACACCAAGUUCCAGGAAGCCCAUUCAAGGUUCCUGUUAGCGAUGUAGUUGACAGCUCAAAGGUGAAGUGCUCUGGCCCAGGAUUGACCCCUGGACUGGUGAGGGCCAAUGUUCCACAGUCCUUCAGUGUCGAUACAAGCAAGGCUGGUGUUGCACCUCUCCAGGUCAAAGUUCAAGGACCAAAGGGUAUUGUUGAACCAGUUGAAAUUGUGGACAAUGGUGAUGGGGUCCAGACUGUAAGUUAUGUGCCCACUCGUGAGGGUCCCUACAACAUUGGUGUUUUGUAUGGUGAUGAAGAGAUACCACGUAGUCCCUUUAAGGUAAAAGUGCUGCCAACUCAUGAUGCCAGCAAGGUGAAAGCUAGUGGGCCAGGUUUGAAUACCACUGGAGUUCCUGCCAGCCUGCCUGUGGAGUUCACAAUCGAUGCAAAGGAUGCUGGAGAAGGCCUCCUUGCAGUACAGAUCACUGAUCCUGAAGGCAAACCCAAGAAGGCCACUAUCAGGGACAACCAAGAUGGCACCUAUACAGUGUCGUAUGUACCAGAUAUGACAGGGCGUUACACUAUACUCAUAAAGUACGGAGGUGAUGAGAUACCUUAUUCACCUUAUCGUAUCCGUGCUGUGCCCACAGGAGAUGCUAGCAAGUGUACUGUAACAGUGUCAAUCGGAGGUCACGGGCUAGGUGCCGGUAUUGGACCAACCAUCCAGAUUGGCGAAGAGACUGUAAUAACAGUGGACGCCAAGGCAGCUGGAAAGGGUAAAGUGACGUGUAGCGUCUGCACUCCAGAUGGCACAGAGGUUGAUGUAGAUGUUGUUGAGAAUGAAGAUGGCACCUUUGACAUCUUCUACACGGCUCCUCAGCCUGGCAAAUAUGUGAUCUGCGUACGUUUUGGAGGGGAGCACAUUCCAAACAGCCCAUUCCAGGUUACGGCUCUGGACGGCGACCAAAUGAUGCCUCAGCAGAUGGCUCAACAGCAGUUAGCCCCACCUUACGCAUACCCGGGCAUGCAGCAACCCUGGGCUACAGACCGCCCUGUCAUGGGUGUGAACGGGUUGGAUGUGGCAGGUUUAAGACCUUUUGACUUGGUCAUUCCCUUCACCAUUAAAAAGGGAGAGAUCACAGGAGAAGUCCGCAUGCCAUCUGGUAAGGUGGCCAAGCCAGACAUCACAGACAACAAGGAUGGAACCGUCACGGUCAGAUAUGCUCCCACCGAAGCUGGACUACAUGAGAUGGACAUCAAAUAUGAUGGCAUGCACAUCCCAGGAAGCCCACUGCAGUUCUAUGUGGAUUAUGUCAACAGCGGCCAUGUCACAGCCUAUGGUCCAGGUCUUAUUCAUGGCACCGUCAAUAAGCCUGCUGUCUUUACUGUAAACACAAAGGAUGCUGGUGAAGGUGGCCUAUCAUUGGCCAUUGAGGGUCCAUCUAAAGCUGACAUCAGCUGUACAGACAACCAGGAUGGCACAUGCACAGUUUCAUAUCUCCCUGUGCUGCCUGGGGACUACAACAUCAUUGUCAAGUAUAACAACAAACACAUUCCCGGCAGUCCUUUCGUUGCCAAAAUCACAGGUGAUGAUACCAUGCGUAUGUCCCAGCUGAAGGUAGGAUCCGCAGCAGAUAUUCCUCUGAACAUCACAGAGACAGACUUGAGCCAGUUGACUGCUUCUGUGACCUCUCCUUCUGGAAGAGAAGAGCCUUGUCUGCUUAAGAGGCUUCGAAACGGUCACAUUGGCAUUUCGUUUGUACCCAAGGAAACAGGAGAACACAUAGUUAGUAUAAAGAAGAAUGGCCUGCAUAUACCAAACAGCCCCAUCACGGUGAUGAUCAGUCAGUCGGAGAUUGGUGAUGCCAGCCGAGUAAUAGUGUCCGGCCAGGGUCUAACUGAAGGGCGAACGUUUGAGCCUUCGGAAUUCAUCAUUGACACUAGAGAAGCAGGCUAUGGAGGACUCAGUCUGUCCAUUGAAGGUCCAAGCAAAGUGGAUAUCAAUACAGAGGACUUGGAAGAUGGAACAUGCAAGGUGACCUACUGUCCAACGGAGCCAGGAAACUAUAUAAUAAACAUUAAGUUUGCAGACCAACAUGUGCCAGGGAGUCCCUUCUCUGUUAAAGUCACAGGAGAAGGCAGGAUGAAGGAGAGUAUCACACGGAGACGCACUGCCCCAUCUGUGGCUAACAUCGGAAGCCAGUGUGAUCUCAGCCUGAAAAUACCUGAGAUCAGCAUCCAUGACAUGACUGCUCAGGUCACAAGCCCCUCUGGGAAAAUUCAUGAUGCAGAAAUCAUGGAGAGCGAUAACAAUACCUACUGCAUUCGGUUUGUCCCCACCGAGAUGGGUGUUCACACAGUCAGCGUCAAGUAUAAGGGUCAGCAUGUGCCUGGAAGUCCCUUCCAGUUUACAGUUGGUCCUCUUGGUGAGGGUGGUGCCCAUAAAGUGAGAGCUGGGGGUCCUGGUCUGGAGAGAGCAGAGGUUGGAACACCAGCUGAAUUCAGUAUCUGGACACGUGAGGCUGGAGCUGGUGGUCUCUCCAUUUCUGUGGAGGGUCCCAGCAAAGCUGAAAUUGCAUUCGAAGACAGGAAAGAUGGAUCCUGUGGUGUGUCCUACAUUGUUCAGGAGCCUGGUGAUUAUGAAGUCUCUGUGAAGUUUAAUGAUGAACACAUCCCAGACAGCCCAUUUGUGGUGCCGGUUGGAUCCGCCUCAGACGAUGCACGCCGACUCACUGUUUCUAGUCUUCAGGAGUCAGGGUUAAAGGUCAACCAGCCAGCCUCUUUUGCAGUAAGUCUUAAUGGUGCCAAAGGAGUUCUAGAUGCCAAAGUUCAUAGUCCUUCAGGAGCACUGGAAGAGUGCUGUGUGACGGAGAUUGAUGAAGAUAAAUAUGCUGUACGUUUCAUUCCUCGUGAAAAUGGACUUUACCUAGUUGAUGUUAAAUUCAAUGGUUCCCACAUUCCUGGUAGCCCCUUCAAAAUCAGAGUGGGAGAGCCAGGGCAAGCUGGAGAUCCUGGCAUGGUGUCUGCAUAUGGUGCUGGUUUAGAAGGAGGAACCACAGGCAAUCCUGCAGAAUUCAUUGUGAACACUUCAAAUGCUGGAGCUGGAGCACUCACGGUUACAAUUGACGGACCAUCCAAGGUCAAAAUGGACUGCCAAGAGUGUGCAGAAGGUUACAAGGUCAUCUACACCCCCAUGGCUCCUGGUAGCUACCUGAUUUCCAUCAAAUAUGGAGGCCCCUAUCAUAUUGUUGGAAGUCCAUUUAAAGCUAAGGUUACUGGACCUCGUCUCGUCACCAGCCAUAGCCUUCAUGAAUCCUCAUCAGUAUUUGUAGAGUCUGUCUCAAAAUCCGAAGCUUUUGCACAACAGGCAGCACUCCCCAAAGUAUCCUCUGAUGCAAGUAAAGUGGUGGCCAAAGGUCUGGGUCUCAACAAAGCCUUUGUAGGCCAAAAGAAUUCAUUCACAGUCGACUGCAGCAAAGCUGGUAAUAAUAUGCUGCUUGUUGGUGUUCACGGCCCAAAAACACCAUGUGAAGAGAUCGUGGUGAAACAUCUUGGAAAUCGUCUGUACAAUGUCACGUACCUCCUGAAGGACAAGGGCGACUACAUCCUGGUUGUCAAAUGGGGUGAUGAGCACAUUCCAGGCAGCCCCUACCAUGUGUCUGUGCCAUAAGCCCCCAUCCACUGUCACCCCUUGCCCCAAACCCCCUACCCUCCAUGUGUUCUCUGUGCCUGUCUUGCGUACAGCUGCCCUACUCAAUUCUCCCGAUUUGUGACUGAGGGGUUACAAGUUUUAGGGUCUUGCUUAGCUGGUUCCUGGUUAAUGUAAUGACCAUAUUAACCCCAGUGGCACUGAAGGGGCAAAGUGUGUGAGUGGGGUGCAUUAGAUUCUGUGGAGAGGGAAGUAGGAUGGUUGGAUACGCUGAAAAGCAGCUUUGUGAUGAACAUGGCACUUUUAUUAUGUAAACGUAAGAGCGCUGCUGAUAUCAGAUGGGUCCAGAUCAUCCCUGUCGGAGGGCUGCUUUGUAUGCCACAUGCUCCUGUUGUGCUGUCCUGCCCCUUGUAUUUGUUUACAUUUGUCUGUUCUUAGCAUAGACUCCUUGUAGGGGGGAUAAGGGAUCUCCAAGUUGGCAAACUGCAAUUUUAGGUGCUGAGAGGGUGGGUAGGAGACCAAAUGGAGCAACCAAAAUGUCAGGACCGUUUACAAAACUUUUAAAACCUUUCCCCAUCCACUUUUUUAGAAACUUGAGUUUUCCAAUAAACGUCUGAUAGGAUGUUACUUGAGUGGAAAAAUCCAAGCCAAAAUACCCCUUCCCGAUUUAUAAAAAGAACCACUAACUGGUAGGCUCCGUAUCAGCGUCUGCUUUUCCUUCACUUUGAUUUGUUCCAGACUAACUUGCUGAUGGUUUCUUCAUGUGCCCUGUCCCCCUACCCUCUUCACCCUACUACCCCAUUUAUAAAAACUCUGUUUGUGUUUUAAUGUCUGUCCUGUGAUCUGGGUUAGCUCUGAGAUGCUUUGUUGGGUUGCUUUAAUGGAUUAUCUGCCCAAGGCCAUUCCAACCAGUUUGCUUCUAGUUAACCAAAUCUUCGUCUUAAAUUUUUUUUUUUUUUUUCUAAAAUUAUGAUUUAUUUUUUUGUUGUGCACGACUACAGUACUUGGCUCUUAAUGAUAACAAUAAAAUUCAGCUUUUAAUCUUC